GCCAUUUAUCCAGAUUAGCACUUCGUGAAAACCCCAGGAUGACCUCCCCCACAUUUGUCUUCUCCCUCGGAGCAUGGAUCACCCCUCCGUUCUUUCAUGCCGUUCGCGCACAGCUCCACGAGCUCGGAUAUCCGUCCAAAUGCCCGGCUCACCCUUCCAUCGGCGCCGAGCCGCCCUCAAAGACCCUGGCCGACGAUGUCGCCUCUCUCCGCGAGGUUCUAAAGACCCUCGCCGACACCGAGAACGAAAUCGUUGUGGUGGCACACUCCUACGGCGGAGUGGUCGCUUCCAAUGCAGUCGAAGGUCUGAGUAAAGCUGAGCGCGCACAGAGAGGCCAGACAGGCGGAGUCAUCCAGGUGAUCUACCUGGCAGCCUUCGCACUGGAUCAGGGGCAGAGUCUGCUGGAGAUGCUCGGGGAGAAUUACCUGCCGUGGAUGCAGGUUGAUCACCGACAGGGCGACUAUGUCACCGUCGACGCGGCCAGCAAUGUCGGCUGGCACGACCUCCCUCCCGACGAGCAGUAUCAAUGGGAACUCUUCACGCACCACACCUCUCGCGCUGUCUUUGCAGGUAAAGUGGUCUAUGAGCCCUGGACUAGCAGGAUUCCCUGUUCCUACAUCGUCUGUGAGCAAGACCAGGCCCUGCCGCCGCCAUUUCAGGAGGCGUUCGCGGCGAAGAUCGCGGAGCCCGAGAACAGAUUUCGGCUCCCGGCUUCGCACUCGCCGUUUCUCAGCAUGCCAGCCCGGGUGGUUGAUGUGUUGAUGCAGGCGAUUGGAGCGAAGUCGGAGCAGACUGUGGCUAGUCGGUUAUAG